GUUUCCGCCUUGGCGUCCAUUUCAUGUUUACUCGUCAAGCAAGUUGUCGUCGCCUUGCUUUUCUCUGAGGAUUAAAACUAGAAACUUUGUUUUUUUCUGGACUUCCGCACUUUUGUGACAUUUAAUGAUGAACUUGCUUUGCUUCUUCCUCCUAGUUGUACAAACACACAGCGUGACGCCUGUGAUUCACACGCUGCAGUAUUUCACCACCGCGUGCUCUCAAGUUCCAAACUUCCCAGAGUAUGUGGAGGUUGGUUAUGUUGAUGAAGUUGAGGUGAGUUACUAUGACAGCAACAUCAGGAAAGCAGAAUCCAAACAGGACUGGAUGAACAAAAUCACAGCAGAGGAUCCAAACUACUGGAAGAUACAAACAGAGAAGAAUGUUGUUGGUGAACAUGUCUACAAAGACAACAUUGAAAGACUUAAGAAGCGUUUCAACCAAACUGGAGGUGUUCACACUUUCCAGGUGAUGACAGGAUGUGAAUGGAAUGAUGAGACUGAUGAAGUUAAAGGUUGGAAGCAGUUCAGUUAUGAUGGAGAAGAUUUCAUAUCGUUGGACAUGAAGACAUGGACAUUUACUGCAGCAAAACAACAAGCUUUCCCCACCAAACUCAAGUGGGACCAGGACACACGUAGACUAGACUACUAUAAGUAUUAUUACACUGAGAUAUGUCCUUCUUACUUGAAGAAGUAUGUGGAGUAUGGGAAGAAGGUCCUAAUGAGAACAGAGCUUCCAAAGGUGUUCCUCCUCCAGAAGACGCCAUCCUCUCCGGUCAUCUGCAUGGCGACAGGUUUCUACCCCGACCGAGCCGACUUGUUUUGGAGGAAAGACGGCGAGCAGAUCUUCGAGGACGUGGAGCACGGAGAGCUGCUCCCCAACCACGACGGAACCUUCCAGUUGUCGGUGGAGCUGAAAGUGGAGGUGACGGCCGAGGUGGAGGGCAAGUACGAAUGUGUGUUCCAGCUGUCUGGCGUGAAGGAGGACCUGGUCACCAAGCUGGAGAGAAGAAGCAUCCUGAGCAACGCAAGCCAUGAAGGCAACGUGAGCGUCACUGCCACGCUGGCGGUCCUCGCUGUGGUGCUCCUCCUGGCGGCCCCCAUCAUCAUCAUCUUCAUCAUCAAGCGUCGCCCAAGCAGACAAGCCCAAUACCAUGCAGCUGCUGGUGACGGUGGUAACCAGCUCUCAGAGAGACGUGAAGGCUGAAGGCUGAGUGACACACAGCACAGUGAGGACUUUGCUUUUUCACGCACCUCCAAAUGUUCUUCUGACUUUGUGUGAAGAUGAUGUUCACUCUGCCACAUGCUAACAUCUGCACCUGCUUUUGUUGGGAAUGUGCUGAGUCAUCUUCUUCCUCCAGGAUGCUUUGUGCACUGGAACACAGAGAGAUGUCUCCAUCGCUGAGGGACCUCAUCACACUUGGACUUUUCUUUCACAUCUGCACUAAUUGCUCCUCGUCUUACACCAUGUCUUCUUUGGCUGUUUAUGGCUGACAAAACACCUUCAAUCUGCAUUUGUCAACAAUACUUUGUCAGAUGUUGAUCUUUGUGUCCAUGUAGUUGUGAUGUCAUCAUUUGGGGCUCAUGUGUCAUCACAUUGACAAGGAUUUCUUCUUUCCUUUUCAAACCAAUAGACAGCUGCUUAUCAGUGAAUAUCACCUUGUGUCACAUCUCAUCAUUAUUUUUAACAAUAUUUUGCAACAUUAGUACCAUUUUUAACUACUUCCGUAUGCUAAUAUUAAUUGUUUUUGAUGUAAUAUUUAAGAAUGAUGAUUAUGAGAACUGCUGUCCAGUUGUUAUAUCUUCUUUUCUGAUGACAUUAGUCUCAUUUGCAAUGCAGUUGCACUUCCAAGACCAUUAGAUGGCAGCACUCUAUAACUAUUUAUGCUAUGUUGUCCAACUAGAAAGUAGCUUUUUUUCAGGAAGUUAACUUUUUAGGUUGCGCCCUACAAAGUGCCAAUACUGUAAGAAUAGUUAUUACACAAAAUUGUAAAAUUCGAACUAUAAUCUUAGUUGUUUCCUUUACCAAAUUCCAAGGUGUUGAAAUCGCCAUGUAAAACCACUCAUGUAAGUAGUAGCCUGUCUUUGGUAAAUCCUAUGUAAAUUAGCAAUAAGCUAGCGCAUUUUGGAAGAGUGUCGCAUUACUUUAUGUUUGCGCUGUUUUUUUAUUAAGCACUGUGUUGGUGUUGAAAAUGGCAACAUGACUUUUAGGGAGUUUGGCUGAGUCCGGCCUGAGUGCUGCUUGAGUGAUUGUUUACCUGAGCCCGUGUUUAGUCUGAAAGCAGACAUGACGUCACAUGCAACAAAGGUAUCCAACUUGAUUUUACAUAAUUGAUAGUACUGAGGGAAUCGGGUCAUCACCUACAAAAGUACUGAAUUGGGUAGCCAACCUUACCAGUUAGUGUGACGGAGGGGGACAGUGACACAACAUUUUUAUGACAAAGCGUUGCAAAAUAUUUAUAUUUUUUGAAACAAUUUGCUGUUUUUUCCGUUCCUUUUUGCAUAAUCAUAUUUUUUCUUGAUUGCCAAACAUGCUGAGGAUGUCAUUUGGGAAGUAAACAAGGUAGGCCGUUCAUAUAGUCUUGAUAUUCAGUGUUUUAUGUGUACAAUGUUUCAUGUACAUUCUGGGGGUUUUAUUCAGUAAAAACUUGUCAAAUACAA